AUGGUUUCUCACGUCCUCCUCACCAUCCUGGCCGCCGCCGCCGGAACCGCCCUCGCCACUCCCAUCGAUGUCCGCGACGCCGCCGUCGUGGAGGAAUCCUGCACCACCACCGUCUUUCACGCUGCCCAGUACACCUUUGGCCCGACCCAGACAGUCUGGACCGAGACCGCGACUGCCACGCAAGAGGUUGACUGCCACGGCUGCGACGCCAUUGAGACGUCGUACAUGAAUUUCGGACCUGGACCCGUCGUCUUCUUCACCACCACGGUCACGGCCGCGACGCCCUCGACGACGACCGAGAUGGUGUGCAGCAGCACCCCGACUGGAGAUGCUUAA